UCAUCUCAUCAUCAGUCUCGCGAGAAGUUUGCAAACGGCUUUGAGGUCUUGCCCUUUUAUUUCUGAAGUUCGCAGUGUUUACGAAGUGGUGGUGCAUUUUAAAUAGCCAUGUGCUCGAUGCUUUAUUAGAAGAUUAGUUAUCAUAUUACCUAGUUAAACGACAUUACGAUGGAGGUCGAUAUACAGGAUGUUGCUCCUGGCAUAAAACCAGCGGAGAAAACCAAACCUAAAUCCAAGAAGGAAGUCCGAAAAGUGUUUGUUCCUCGUACCAGACAAUCAGCUUUGAAGGAACAUUGGAUGAAGAUAUUCACACCAGUCGUCGAUCAGUUGCUACUUCAGAUCCGCUACAACGUUAAAAACAAACAAGUGGAACUACGUCUUGGACCAGAAACGAAAGAUCCUUCCAACUUGCAAAGAGGAGCGGAUUUUGUACGCGCAUUCUUGCUUGGCUUCGAAGUGGAGGACGCACUGGCACUGCUGCGACUUGAUGAUCUUUUCAUUGAAUCUUUCGAAGUCAAUGAUGUUAAAAUGUUGAAGGGUGAUCACCUUAGUCGCGCCAUCGGAAGAUUAGCCGGAAAGGGAGGAAGGACUAAGUUUACGCUGGAAAAUUCAACUAAGACGCGAAUCGUUCUGCAGGACUCCAAGAUUCACAUACUGGGAAAUUACAAAAACAUUCAACAUGCCAAACGUGCCGUCAGUCAUCUUAUUCUAGGUUCGCCUGCAAGUAAAGUGUACGGGAAUCUGCGGACAGUCGCUGGUAAGAUUUCCGAACGAAUGUGAAUAUUUUUGGCAAUAAAUUUAAGUUUUCGAGUUUCUUAA